AUGAAAUUAAAUGCCAUCUUCAGUCAUCCUGGCCAGCCUUGCGAAAGUGCCCUUUUGCUUGUUUUGAACCCGCCUCGUUUUCAUCUCCAACCUGGGCUGGUUUUUCCAGUCUCCCUGGGCGGAUAUGCGCUCUGGAAGGACCCGGAACCUUCGGUGGCCGAGCCGCCAUCUUUCCCGAUGCCGCUGGACAUGACCAUCCGCAACUCUGUCUACACGGCGGCUCAGCCCCAUGGCGCGGCCCACGUGUCCAGUGGGGCAUGCCAGGAAAACGAGUCCGACUUCACGCACUCCAAAAUCAAGGUGAGCCCGGCUGACGGUCCCCUCGAGCAGUUUUCAUGCCCCUUUUGCCAAAAGGCCUUUUCCUACCAACGGAUGCUCAACCGCCACCUCAAAUGCCACAGCGAGAUCAAGCGGCACCUCUGUCCCUACUGCAACAAAGGGUUUAACGACACCUUCGACCUCAAGCGACACGUCCGGACGCACACAGGUGUGCGUCCUUACAAAUGUGACCUGUGUGACAAGGCCUUCACCCAGCGCUGCUCCUUGGAGUCCCACCUGAAAAAAAUCCACGGGGUGCAGCAGAGUUACGCCUACAAGGAACGCCGGGCUAAACUUUACGUCUGCGAGGAUUGCGGAUCGACGGCCGAUAGUCAGGAAUCUCACCUGCGACACCUGCAGGAGCGACACCCCGACAGUCCGCUACUCCGGAAAGCCUCGCGCAAGGUGGCUACCACCCUUCACGGCAUCAUGGGGGCGCCGAGCAUCCUUCAUAGCUCUGCUCCUUGUUCCUAAACAUCCCGGCCCCCCUUUUUUUUGGGGGGGGGUACCGUUGUUCCUUUGAACUUGGGAAGUCUUGCCCAGGGGGCGGGGGCAAAGGACGGGAUGAGUUUGGCUGCUGGACCAGACCGCUAGGUCUGGUAUUUCGAACCCGGCGUGGUUGAAAAAGACACCGCAUAAAAAGUGAAUCUCUACAAAUCUUUCAUGAAGCGCUAGGGAAAUUAUUAUUAUUUUUUUUUUAAAAAAAUCUGGAUCGGACUUCCGGAUGGGAUGAUGGCGGCUUUGAACGUUAGAAAGGAGCUCAUUUUUGGCUGCUUGGCAGGCCAAGACUUGGGGGGAGUUGGGGUGGGAUGAUUCUCAGAGGUCAUCUAGUCUGACCCCCUUUGGCCCAUGCUUAAAGGACUUCCGGAUAGGAGGACAGUGGCUUUCAAUGUUAGAAAGGGGCUCAGUUUUGGCUGCGUGGCAGGCCAAGGCUUGGGGCGGGAUGAUUCUCAGAGGUCAUCUAGUCUGACCCCACUUUAGCCCAUGCAGGAAAAGAAUUAUCGGAUGCAUCUUAGUUGCUUGCAUUGGGGCUGCCUUUUAAAUCCUCGCUGGGGUUGGGAUGCAAUAGUGUCUCCGAAGCCUGGAUUUAGAAUUGUUUGUUCACCGUUCUUUGAAUCCGUCGCCUAUUUCCGAGGACGUUGAUGAAUGGUGUGAAAGAUGUGAGCAGCCGCCUUGAGAGUCAAGGCAAAAUAAUUUUUCAAGGUUAAAAUUGUUCACCAACUGAUUCCCAUCACCGAAAGAUGGCGAGUUACCCGUUUCCCUGGGUAUGCGCAAGCAGAGGCUCGGGGUUCGAGAAGCGAUGGGAUAGAUUUCCGCCUUUGAUUAAGGAGGGGGGGGUUGGGCUAGAUGACCUCAUAGCAUCCCUUCGAGCUGUAUGUUACGAUUUUUCCACCUCGGGCCCCGAUCAAACUAGUCUGACCUUGGAGAUUAAGUGCCUGGACCUGUUUGUUGGCUAUCAGGACGGAGUUUGAACGGGAAUUCUAUUUUUAAAACAAGAACAAUCUCUGGACCGAUUUGGGGGUGUCUGGAUGAGGUUUUGCAAGCUUCCAUGAUACACACAACCCCUCUUUUCUCUCCAGAAUUCAAGCUCUGACAUUCUGGAUUCUGGUGAGGUUUUUUUUUGUUUUUGUUUUGGUGAUCCUUUUGAACCGAUGCAAAAAAAUGUAUUAUUUAUCCAGAGUCGAGGAACCCCUGGAUUUUGAGUUUUAUGAUAUUUUUUUAAAAGAUAUAUACAGUACAGUAUUGGAUUGUUGAUAAGGACUGCAUCAUUUCUGACCGGGAGGCCUCUAGCCUUUUUGAAACGGGGCAGAAAAAGGGAAUUAUUAAGCAAGUACAAUGGUACUAAUAAGGGGUAUCAUUUUUAUUUAAUAUUAUACAUGUGUGAAGACGGGGUCCCUGCCAUGGCGUGGCGAGGAGACACCGAAAGCUAAUUUUUUUUGGCAUCUUAAGGGAUAAGAGGCAUUACGCCAAACAACAGGGUGUGGAUCUUGUUUACAAAUCGGCCAUGUUUUCUCUUGACUUUGGGGGAACGAGCUUGGCCUGUGAACUUUUAAUGUUAUUAUAUUAUUCGUAAUCUUAUUAUUCUUCCCCUCCUUACCUGUUAAUUAAAAUAAAGGA